AUGGUUGGCCCUACAGCUUCUCUCUCAGUCCUCAGUCGUGCCGAUGGCUCAGCGAGCUACAAAUGCCCCGCCACCGGGUAUAAUAUCCUGGGCGCCGUCAAUGGCCCCGUUGAGCUCCCCGGCCGUCGCGACGCAUUGAAACCCGAGGAUGCCACCGUGGAAAUCUUCAUCAAGCCGGGCACCACCACUGGCGGUGUCGGUGAACGCGCUACGGAAACUAUCCUGAAGUCUGUGUUGGGAAAUCUCGUGCUGGGACGGGAGAAAGGAUUCCCGCGCCGCGGCGUGGUCCUGACCUUGAACAUUGUUGGAGGAGAGAACGUGGAACGCGGUGACUCGUACCUGACCCUUCUCCCGGCUCUCCUGCAUGCCGGCCUGCUCGCCAUGAUUUCCGCGUCCAUUCCUCUAUCCAUGACCCUCUCCGCUGCACUGCUCGGUGUAACUACAUCCGGCGACAUCGUGCAAAACCCCGGUCCAGCCGCCGCAAAGUCCGUCGUCUCCCUGCACGUUCUGGCCUUCUCCUCCAAGGGCCACCUUCUGCUGAACGAGAGCCGGGGCCGAUUCGACUUCGAUACCUGGGAGCUGGUCCGGGCCCGGGCGCUGUCCAUCUGCCAGGGCGCUCACGACGGCGACGUUGCUAUGGGAGAAGGAGAGAAUGCCGCCAGCGUGAACGCGUUUAUCCGCGAGACUGCCGAGGACCAAAUCUACAGCGACUACGCCCACAAGCUUGACUCGAUCUGA